AUGUCAUCAUCAACAACAAGCAACAAUAAGAAAUCAGGAGCUGGAGGAGACUCCAAGAGCAUCAUUCCGCCAGGUACCACCUUCCGUCACCGAGUCACCUUGCCAACCAGAUGGAGCGAUGAGGACAAUCAAAAAGUGUUGAACAAUGCCAUUUACUUGACCUUGUUUGAGGAGGCAAGAACGGACUACUUUGGACCUAAUACUUUGAAUUUGUUGGAUCCAGAGACAUUGACCUAUCCUUUUGUAUUGUUGAAGUGCGAUUUGAGAUGUAUUGCUCCAGGAAAGGGUUUCAAACAAUGUGAUGUCUACAUCAAGACCUCUCAAGUCGGAACCUCAUCUUUCACACAACUCUAUCGAGUCUCAUGGGAAGGAACUGUUUGGUGUGAAGCUGAAGCAGUCAUUGUCUAUUACAACUUUGCCAAGAAAACCAAAGAAAAUCUUCCCGAUCAUUGGAGAGAAUCCAUCACCAAAUAUGAAAACUAUGAAUACCAUCCUGUCGUGAGUAGUGUCAAAACCAACAAACAAUUACCUCUUCGUGUUGGAAUGUUUGCAGAAAUUUCCAAAAAAUACACACACGAACAUGUGAAAAAAUUUGCCGAAUUGUCUGAAGAUUACAAUCCCAUUCAUUUGAAUGCAGAAUUUGCAUCCAAAACAAGAUUCAAGAAACCCAUUGUUCAUGGUCAAUUAUUGACCUCUCUUAUUAGUGGAUUAUUGGGAGCUCAUUUACCAGGAGAGGGAACGAUAUAUAUGGAACAAAAUUACAAGUACAAACUUCCAUUAUUGGUUGGAGAGAGAGUGAAAGCUCGUGUUGAAAUUGAGCAUAUUGAUUUACAGAGAAAGAUUGUGACACUCAAGACGGAUUGUUACAAGUGUGAGGAAUUAGGUACUGCGAAUCAUUUGUCAUCGUCUUCGACACAAAAGGAAAUUCUUAUCAUGCAAGGUCAUGCCAAAGUGAUGGUUCCUGCAGAGGUGUUGGAAGAAGGACAAAAAACAAGCAAGUUGUAA